CAGAAACAGCGCUCUCGACAAUGGCGAAACAGUCUUCAACACGCAAGUACAGGAACGGCCAGGCUCUCUCGGAGGUGGAGCUCGACACCGCUCUCCUCCUGACGGAGCUAUGCAGAGGUGUCCGUCAUGGUGACCGACCUGCUGGAAGCAGCGUUAAGAGGAAAGGAGAAGAGCGAAAUGAUGAUGAUCCGAGCAGCAACGGCGGCGUUGAAAGCAGCGCCUCGACCCCAACCACCACCUUAGCGAAAGGGAUCUUCCUCGACAAAGAAGACGACGAUGAGGAUGAAGACGAGAAUGAUUUCCAUCUCCGGCCAAGAAAACGGCGGUUUCGUUCGAUUGACGAUAUUUACAGGUCAACAAAGCCUCAAGAUAAUUACAAUCCUAAGUAGGUUCUUACUGCUGUAGAUUUAAAUUUCAAUUUUAAUUCGCUCCUCUUUCUCUUCGUAUUAAAGGGUAACCAACCUUAAUUCUCUGCAUGCCAAAUUUUAAUGAAAUUGUUUGUGUAAAUAAAAUUUUCUUGUCUUC